UUCCACUCUGACCUCACCGAAAUGCGCGCCGCUGUCCUCCUCCUCGCUGCCGUCGCGUUCGCGGCCCCCGCGCCUGAAGCCUCGCCCGCCGAGGACAAGCGCCAGGCGCCCUCGCCCACCGCCGCCAACCUCAUGAAGGGCCUCACGGGCAACCGCCCGCCCGGCCCCAGCCCCAACCCCAAGCAGAUGAACGGCCUCGUGCGCCGCAGUGGCGCCACGGCGCUUGCGCCUGCCGCCGGCGCCGCCGCUGCCGUUGCGGCUAUCGUCGCCAUGGUGUAGGGUAGAUAGUCGAAACCGCUGAGACAUGAACGGACUCCGCUUACCGCAUCUUGGGGUGGAGAAGGGUGUUCAGCGUGACGGGCGCCUCUACCUGCCGGUGGAAUUGGUACGCUGCUUUCCCAGACCUAGGACGGCCGAGUGCCGAUGAGCG